AUGUCCGAACCCAAUGAAGUUAAGCUAGUCGUCGUAGGUGAGACUGGUGUUGGUAAAACAACGCUCCUUCAAAGAUAUGCCGAGGGCAAAGUUGAAGAACAGUUGUCGACAAUUGGUGCAUGUUGUAUGGAAAAGGCUGUAGAAGUAAAUUCAAGAACAUACAACCUAUCGUUAUGGGAUACUGCCGGACAGGAAGCUUACCGAGCUAUAGUUCCCAUGUAUUUUCGAGGGGCAUCUAUCGCAUUAAUUGUUGCCGAUAUCACAAACGAAAAAAGUCUCGAAACAAUACCAUAUUGGAUCAAUCUUGUUCACAAAAACUUAUCUACAGAGAAUCCAAUUGUUUCAAUUGUUGUCAAUAAAAUCGAUCUCAAAGAAAGUCAAGUUAUGACAGAGGGAGAUAUACUAUCUACAUAUCACACGACCGAAAUGGAAGUAUUCUUUACAUCAGCGAUAGCAAAUAUCGGUGUUGAUACUCUAUUUGAUUAUUUACUUAAUAAAUAUGAUAAUUUAGGUCAACCUACUGAUGAUAAUGUAGCAGUUGCAGAAAUUUCCAGGAAAGAUUCAAAGACUAGCCAUUGCAUGUGCUAA